AUGUCUGAAAUUAAAUUUAAUCAUAAUAGUUUAUCAAAUAAAACUUUAUCUGAACCUUAUAAUCAUCUGGAACUCAAGCCAGAGCCACCAAUUUUGGAUUCAAUUCUCGAUCAUAUCGGUAACACCCCACUAGUGAGAAUAAAUAAAAUUACUAAAGCAGAAGGAAUCGAAUGCGAAAUUU